AUGGCAAUAACAACAACGACACAGACGAUGACAGUAUCUCCACAAAACACAGAAGACUUCGUCACCAAAGAAAUGAAGCUACUGCAACAACCACGAAAACAUUCUUACCUCGAUGAUCCAAUCACGCUGGCAAAUUGGUAUAAACACGUAAAUUGGCUACAUGCAGUUCUGUUGACUUCUACUCCAUUGAUAGCUAUCUACGGUUUCUUUACAACGCCACUUUUGCUAAAAACCUUUAUUUGGUCCUUUAUCUGGUAUUUUUGUACUGGAAUUGGGAUUACAGCGGGUUAUCAUAGAUUAUGGGCUCAUCGAGCAUACACAGCAUCUCUAUCACUUAAGCUGUUUCUUCUAGCAUGUGCAUCAGGAGCAGUAGAAGGUUCAGCGCGUUGGUGGUGUCGUGACCACAGAGCUCAUCAUCGUUAUACCGACACUGAUCGUGAUCCCUAUAAUGCUCAUCGUGGUCUUCUUUACUCGCAUGUGGGAUGGAUGUACCUCAAACAAAAUCCACAACGAAUCGGCCGUUCCGAUAUCUCAGAUUUGAAUGCUGACCCUCUAUUAAGUUUCCAACACCGUUAUUACGGUCUAUUCGCACUAACAUUCGGCGUAUUAUUCCCAAUGGCAGUCACGGGUCUUGGUUGGGGUGACUGGCGAGGUGGAUUCUUUUUCGCAGCAAUCGCACGCCUCGUGGUUGUUCAUCAUGCUACUUUUUGUGUAAAUUCUCUGGCACAUUAUCUUGGUGAUACGACUUAUGAUGAUAAACAUACGCCGCGUGACCAUUUUAUUACGGCAAUUUUGACCAUGGGUGAAGGAUAUCAUAAUUUCCAUCACGAAUUCCCACAGGACUACCGUAAUGCUAUCCGAUUUUAUCAAUACGACCCAACCAAAUGGUUGAUUAAAUUUUGUUCGUGGUUUGGACUUUCGACGCAUCUAAAACGAUUCCCAGAUAACGAAGUGGCAAAAGGUCAACUGUUCAUGCAACAAAAGAAAUUGGAUGCUAAACGCAGAACUUUAAAUUGGGGAGUUCCACUGGAAAAAUUGCCAAUAUUCACAUUUGAAGAAUUUCAAGAAAUAUCAAAGACCAAAAAUUGGGUUCUAAUAGAAGGAAUAAUUCAUGACGUCACAAACUUUAUCGACGAGCAUCCCGGUGGUAAGGCAUUCAUUACCUCGUCAAUAGGUCGGGAUAUGACCACAGCAUUUAAUGGUGGCGUUUACGAUCAUUCGAAUGCCGCACGUAAUCUGACGUCGAUGUUACGUGUAGGAGUUAUUGCUGGUGGUGGUGAAGUUGAACAUCGCAAGACCAAAUAA